AUAUAUACAAAUAUAUUAUUUUUAAAUAGUUUAAAUAGUAUAAUUUUUGUUAUCACGGAUUGUCUGCUGCGUGCUAGCGUGUUACCCGUUGGGUGUUGGGUUCAUGCGUCCAUCUCUAGUUUCAAUGCUUACACACACUAUAUGGAAAUCAAAGUUAUUUAGUAUUUAAAAAUAAAAAGAAGCAUAGUAAGUAAAGCGACAACAUCAGCAGAAGCAGCGGCAGUGAUACCAGGGAAAUUGGCGAGACAUUAAACAUUCACUAAACGGAAAACACACACACACAUACAAACAUACAUACAUAUUAUGUCAGGCAGUAUCAACAAUUAUACUAACCAAGUGCAUGCAACAGCAAAUCGUGCUUACGGCGACCAGAUGCAUCCACAAUCAGAGUCGUACCAGCAGAUGAUGGACAUAAUGCCUCAAAGCAUAGGCGAUCCCGGUAUCCAGCUAAUUAACAGUUAUAAUUUCAGCGUGGACGAUCGCGACAAGGCCAUUGUGGACAACAUAAAUGCAGAUCAGCAUGCUGUAGCACAUCUAAAGUACGUGAAUUCUGAUCGAGAUCUUUCACUGCCUUUGGAUAAACAAUCCAAGGCGCUGGACAAAUACUUGGAUAGCCAGGACGAUGAAGCGUCGCUGCGCAAAUAUUUGGUCUUUGGCGUCCAAUGGGUUUCACUCGUCACUGAGAAUCUAUUGAGUCAUCCGUUCAUUGUUCUGCGUCGUCAGUGUCAGGUCUAUAAUGCAUCACAGUGCUAUCAUUUGCAUCCAUUUCAACUGAUGCCCAGCAUUGUGCAUUUGCAUCGACGACAAGGUGUCACCACCCUAUGGAAAGGCCUGGGCAGUUGUUUACUUGUCCGUGGCAUGACUCUGGCCAUAGAUGAUGUAAUUAGCAAGUUUACGAGCUGGCCAAAGGAUGUGGAUAGUCGGACGACACUCAAACGGUUCGGACAGCACAUACUGCUGAAGAGCAUUAGCAUUGGCUUAGUUGUGCCCUUCUAUGCCGCCUCUCUGGUAGAGACUGUGCAAAGUGAUAUAGCUAGCGAAAAGCCUGGCCUGCUCGAUGUCUUUCGCGAGGGUAGUUUGCGUCUCUUCUAUUGGAGCUCGCCGCAAAAGGGACGCAUGUUGCCUGCCUGGGCACUGAUUGGACCUAGCGUUACAAUGGGCAUUACCAAAUAUCUAUUUAGCUUAGUGAUACGCGGCGUCUCGUCGCGUAUUAUGCGACGGCGCCUAACCCUGAAGCAGGAGCAACGCGGUGCCAAAUAUCGCGAUGAUACGCUGGAGCAUCAAAAUGCCGAAAUCUAUGCCAACUUGAUUUCGAUGCUAACCACCGAGAUGCUGUUCUUUCCAUUCGAAACGAUCCUGCACCGAUUACAGCUGCAGGGCACACGCACCAUCAUCGAUAAUCUGGAUAAUGGCUAUGCCGUGGUGCCGAUUCUAACCAAUUACCAAGGUGCCAUCGAUUGCUAUCGCACCACGAUUCUAACCGAAGGUGUGGCUGGCCUCUAUAAGGGCUUCGGUGCUGUCAUUCUCCAAUUCGCUGCUCAUGUGGCCGUAAUUAAGCUGACCAAGUGGAUCGUGGGCAAGAUCACGGAAUGCAUAUCGAGUCGUCCGCCCGCACGCAUUGUACAAUAUUAUAACUUGGAUCGGGCAACUGCUGCUCUGGGCGGCGGAAAUAAUUCAAAUAAUUCUACUACCAUAUCGCCAAGUAUCUCAAGCACCGAACUGGAUGUACAUAGCGUUGGACAGAACUCACUCGAUUGAUUAGCUUUAGCUUUCGAUUUCGUGUUCCAUACACGCAUAUAUAUAUAUUCAAAAUUUCAUGUGGAAGCUUUCUC